AUGUCUGCUUCCGAACCAGCAAAUGACCCUGAGAUCCUCGCACAUGUCCAGAAGUUCUGGGAGGGUCGAAAGCCGCACAGCCCAAUCUAUCAGUUUCUGCUCAACGAUAUCAAGCUGACCCAUGCAUCCAAAGGCGUCGUUCGCGCUCGACUGCUAUUGACCUCUAACCAUGUCAACGCCCAUGGCGGUAUCCAUGGCUCUGUAUCCGCCACGCUUGUUGAUUGGAUUGGGGGCCUCGUGAUCGCCGCUUGGGACAACCGGUCCACCAAGACUGGCGUCUCGACAGACAUUCACAUCUCCUACCAGAGUUCAGCCAAGGAUGGCGAGGAGAUUGAGAUUGAGGGCAGGACUAGCAAGGUUGGGGGAUCACUAGCCUUUACUACAGCGACUAUCUGGAAGGUCGUGGAUGGCAAGCCAGGACCCAUUGUUGCGACUGGCUCACACACCAAGUUUGUGAGAGUAUGA